GGAAAUGACGAUUAGAACAUCAGGUGAUUUUUUUUUCUUGUACAAAUAUAUUUUCCAUAUAAACACAAAAUUCUAGCAGCUUUGGAUGCUUGAGGGUUUAAUAAGAUAUAUUCUAAGUUCGGUUGCCUAUCAUUUCUAACCAAAAGCUGAUUUCCUAAACCUGACUGGGAAAUGGACAAAAUCAUUUUGGCUUGGUAUUAAUAGUCAAGUGAUAAUAGUGUAAUAGCUUCUGUGGUAAAGGAAAUGCAGUCAAUUUUGGGGUACCUGGCCUGUGUGAGGGUUCAGGAGUUGUCUAGAUAAUUAAAAUUAUACCCCCUUUUUUUGUGUGUGCCACAGAAUUUAGUCAUUUAUGUGUGCCAUGAGAUGAAAAAGGUUGAAAAUAACUGGUCUAAACCAACUAAGUGGUGGUAGUGCCACGUAGGCCUAAGUAAGCCAUCUUACUGGUUUGGUUUUACUGCUCUUGGGUUCAUUUUCUGGUUGUCAGUUACUGCAUCCUCUAGUGUUUCUUCCAGUUAGGCUUCAUGAGUGAUAGACUUGGCUUACUUGUCUGUAUUAUUUUGUCCUUAUAUGAACUAUUUCUUACAGCAUUUCUCAUAGUAAAUGUAUGGGUUUUAUACUCCACAGCAACCAGUGCAAUUCUGACACUUGACUACCAAGAGGUUUAGAGGUCUGCUCCCACUUCAGAUGCAAUCACAAGUCCCAGGCCUUCUGAGUAACCAGCUCUAAAUUGGACCGCCUCCUGAGGCUUGAUAAUUGACAGGGACAGCUCAUAGAACUCCUUCCUGUUAACAGUUUAUUAGAAAGGUUAAAACUUAACAGCUCUUCCCACUUCCAAGGCUCCCGCUGCGGGCGGACUGGCGCAGCCACAGCACCCGGGCAGCUCUGGCACACGGAGCAGUGAUCCCCUCGCUGCCUGGCAGAGCGGCCCAUAGUGGCAAACGCCAGAGAACGCUGGUCUCACCUCUAGAACCUCGAGGGCGGCAUGGUCCAGGCCACGUGGCACCGGGUGAGCCAGCAUCCUCUCAGCCUCUGUGGAUCCCCAUCCUUCCGAUGUGUCAAUGUCAGAAGCGUUCAGACCUGUUAGGAGUUUACUCAAGCCAAACUGAUAAUUGACAGGAAGCAGAACCUCAACAGAUCGAGAAAAUGCUCUGGAAAAUGGCUCCGCUGCCCUCGCACAGGCGUGAGCCGGAACCUGUUGUUUCAGGAGCCGGUGAGCUUUGAGGACGUGGCCGUGUACUUCACUCAGAAUGAAUGGGACAUCCUGGACCCCGUGCAGAGGGCCCUCUACAGGGAGGUGAUGCUGGAGAACUAUGCAAAUGUGGCUUUCGUGGGGGGUGAGACCAGAAUCGAGAAGGACAAAUCCACUCCAAAGGAACACGUUGCCAAAGAACCAGAGUCCCGCAGACUGACACCGGCAGGGCUGCCAGGGAAUGUUCCCCAGGACCUUGAUCUUGGGAGCAGCCCAGGGCAGCAGCACAGCCACUGGCUAGUUACGAAGGCAGAGUCAGAGAGGAGAAAUUUCACUGAUGGGUCAUUCCAGUAUCAUGAGGCCCAGGCUACUGAGAGUGGGGAGAAGUGUGAGAAAUUAACAAAAAACAUUAGCGUCAACACACAACUCACUGCGAAUCAGCCAGUUCCUGGUGGUCAGACACCUUACGAAUGUAGAAAAUGUGACAGAUACUUCAGUCGAAUGGCCGACUUCCACCGACAUCAGAGAUGUCACACUGGCGAAAAGUCUUUUGAAUGCAAAGAAUGUGGGAAAGACUGCAGAUGUAACUCAUAUAACUCACUACCUAUUCGGCACCAGGUAGUUCACACUGGAAAGAAACGAUUUAAAUGUAAAGAGUAUGGGAAAGGCGUAAGUUCAGACACAGCCUUGAUUCAGCACCAGAGAAUCCACACUGGAGAGAAGCCCUAUGAGUGUAAGGAGAGCGGCAAGGCCUUCAGUAGCAACUCCGUCUUCCUCCAGCGCCAGAGGUUCCACAUGGGGAAGAGACUCUAUGAGUGUGAAGAGUGUGGGAAGCAGUUGAGCUCCAACACAGCCUUGACUCAGCAUCAGCGCAUUCACACCGGGGAGAAACCUUUUGAAUGUAAGGAGUGUGGGAAGGCAUUCGUUCAGAAAUUCACCCUGGUUCAGCACGAGCGAGUGCACUCUGGUGAGAGACCUUACGAGUGUAAGGUGUGUGGGAAAACCUUUAGCUGGUGUGGAAGAUUCUUUCUACAUAAGAAACUCCACACGCAGAAGGCAUCUGUCCAGGAGGAGGACUAGCCACAGCCGGGCUCACUGCCUCUCCUGGUGUCUCCCCGUCUUCAUGUUUUUUGUCAGUGUCAUCACUGUUCUUCCUGGACUGUGCUCAUUCUUUUUUUAAAAAAAUCCUCACCCAAGGAUAUGUGUAUUGAUUUGAGAGGGAGAGAGAGAGAGAGAGAGAGAGAGAAACAGCGAUCGGUUGCCUUCCAUAUGUGCCCCAACUGGGAUUUAACCCACAACCUAGUUAUGUGCCUGACUGGGAAUUGAACCCACGUGGUGUAUGGGACCAUGUUCCAACCAACUGAGCCACCUGGUCAGGGCUGUACUGUACUGUGCUAAUUCUUAACUGUAUGCUUCUGU